GUUUCUCCACGGCGCUCGCCCUGCCCCUCCCUUCCCUCUUCUACACCAUUUACCGGUACCAGGGGUGUGACUCCUGGAUUGCUUGACCAUGGAGCAAUCUAUCGGCAAUGUGGUCACACUGACGGACGGUCGGCAGGCCACCGUUCGCUUCAUCGGCACGACGCAUUUCUCUCCGGGCGACUGGAUCGGAAUCGAAUUGGACGAACCCACGGGAAAGAACGAUGGCUCUAUCCAAGGAGAGCAGUAUUUUGAGUGUGAGCCAGGGUUUGGGAUGUUUGUACGGAAGACUGCGAUCAAGGCGACAGUCGCCCAACAGCCCGCGCGGGAUGCCAAACCGGCGGCGAAGGGGAGCACCAACGUUCCACCAGCCAACAGAGGUCGCGCCCAGAGUGGUGUUGCUGCAGCCGGUACGGGGAUCAAGAAGGUGGGCGCUGCGCCGGCUGCGAAUACAAAACGACACAGCGCGAGCUCUGCUAGUCCGACGCCCGCAUCCAAAGUGGCAGCCCAGCGACUGUCCUUGAAGCCCCCUGCCAAAUCUCCAACCAAGCAGAUGUCUGGCGCCUCCACUCCCCUUUCACACCGUUCCUCCAUUAGUGGUACCUCUCGGCCAUCCGUGGCACCUCCCAAGUUGCGCCCAGCAGCUGGGAAGUCUUCCAUGGGUCCUCCGCCUCCUCCCUCAGCCGCGACUCGAACCUCCCGACCAUCGAUAUCUGGACCUGCAACCAGAACUACGCGACAGAAUACUCUUGACUCUGCCUCGACGCCCGCGGGGAUAGCCAAGCGCCCUGUCUUGCGACCAGCAGCCACCAAUAAGCCAUCGGAGGAACCCGAUAGUGGAGCCAGUCCAAAUUCGGAGGCUUUCGAGUCUGGGUCUCAGCAGGACAUUGACGAGGAUGCUCCGCAGAUCGAGGAGCCGGCUCCCAAGACAUCCAGAGCAAUUACCGGCCCCGCACGAGCAAGCGCUGGUCGCCCGAGCCUCUCGUCACCUUCAUCGUCGCAACGGCAAGGUCAGAAUGGCGCAGUUGCUAGAGAACUCGAAGAAUUGAAGACAAAGUUGCGGGUGAUGGAAAAGAAGCGGACGGAGGAUCGGGAGAAGCUCAAGUCACUGGAAAAGCUGCAGUCGGAUAGGGAUAAAUAUGAAUCCAUCAUCCAGAAACUGCAAGCGAAAUAUCAACCGCAGCAGGCCGAAAUCGGUGACCUGCGGAAGAAGUUGAAGGAGUCGGAAGCAAGGCUAGAGGAGGUUGAGCGACUCCAGGCAGAACAUGAAUCCAUCAUGGAAAUGGCAACCCUCGACCGCGAAAUGGCCGAAGAAACAUCCGAUGCUUUCAGACAUGAAUGCGACGCGCUGAGAGGCAAGGUGGAAGAGCUACAACUGGAAGUGGAAGUCCUGCGCGAAGAGAACGAGGAGUUUGGCCAAGUUAUGAGCCCGGAGGAGAAAUCCAGCCAUGGGUGGUUGCAAAUGGAGAAAACGAAUGAACGUCUUCGCGAAGCUCUCCUGCGUCUUCGUGAUAUGACUCAGCAGCAAGAGCAAGAGUUGAGAGAACAAGUCAAGGAGAUGGAGCAGGAUUUGGAGGAUUACGCAGCUGUCAAGUCUCAGUAUGAAUCCACGAAAGAAAAGCUUCUCGUGUCUGAAAACAAUGUUGAAGACCUGAAGCAACAGUUGGAGACGGCUCUUGGCGCCGAAGAAAUGAUCGAAGAGCUUGCGGACAAGAACAUGCGCUAUCAAGAGGAGAUCAACGAACUACACGCAGCCAUAGAAGACUUGGAGGCUCUGAAAGAAAUUAACGACGAGCUUGAGUAUAACCACAUUGAAACCGAAAAGCAGCUGCAAGAGGAGAUCGAUUAUAGAGAGGGUCUGUUCAACGAACAGUGCCGAAAGAUCACCCAGCAAGACGAAGUCAUUGAUGACCUGGAAUAUACACUGGUACGCUUCCGCGAGCUGGUCUCGACCCUGCAGGGCGACCUGGAGGACAUGCGAGCGUCGCAACAAAUCUCAGAAGCCGAGGCCACCGAUCUCACUACACGUUCACGGGCUAUGAUGGACCUGAAUUUGAAGCUUCAGGCAUCUGUCACAAAGACACAGACCAAAACAAUCGAUAUUGAGAUUGGUCAUAUGGAGGCCGAGGAAGCUACCCAGCACUUAUCUAUCUUGAAGCUGUAUCUUCCCGAGUACUUCGAAGGAGAGCGAAACUCUAUUCUUGCGCUUCUGCGAUUCAAACGUGUUGGAUUCAAGUCUUCUUUGAUGAACAGCACUAUUCGCGAAAAGCUCUCGGAGCAGGCCUCUAUACCUGCAGGGCUUGAAGAUACUUUUACGGCGUACGAUGUUCUCGAGAAGCUCUCGUGGAUUGCCUCUUUGUGUGAUCGCUUCGUUGCCUACAUAAGCAACUGUUCUACAGAUGCCUUUGGGAACAUGAAGGCUACAUUGUUUGAGAUGGAGCCUGUCGAGCGCACGUUGAACUUCUGGCUUGAAUUCCUUAAGAAGGACGAAGUAAACAUGAAGAAAUGUGGCACGGAGUUGCAAAGAUCUAUUGCUCUGAUAUCCCACCUUGCCGAAACUUAUCUUCCAAGCUCUUUGGAGGUCUUCUCUGGCGAACUUUGCAUGCGCUCGUCGUUGACACAGUCCUACAUUGAUCACGCCGCCUCCUCUGUAGGGCGACUCAGAGCGCUGUUAUUAUCUAAAAUCUCAGCCCCAGAAGGCGACGAGGAGAUCAAUUUCCUCUCGAACAAGAUGGAAGGAUUCGUCAGCCAUGCGCGCGGGUUGAAAGUUGCCAUGGGCAAAGUCAAUCGGUCCCUCGAGGACCUUCGGUCCAGAUCACUUUCUCUCUCUCAAGAUGUCUCCGGACCGUUCAAGAAAACCGAGGAGGCUGCUAAAGAGCUUGCCGAAUUGACCCGGCAUCUCGGAGAGAAUAUCGUACAUCUGUUGAGCGACGAAAGUCGAACGGAGCCGCUUUCCCUGGAAGAGGCUUCCAGGAAUAUGUCUCAGAUUUCGACCCUUUACGCCGGACCCUCGGAAUCCGGAAGCGAAAGCAGUGAUACCAUGUCGUUCAUCUUCAACAGGCUACGCAGCCUUGGGGGUAAUCUGGAGGAACUUGAAUCUAUUUCGUCCGAUCUCUCCAUCACAUCAGAGUUCGAGAAACACCCCAAUCCCUGGAUCGCGCGGGCCGCAGAGCUCAAGUCGAGCAAGACCUCCUCCCCCGACGCGGACGAAGAGAUCCGCCGCCUGAAGAACGAGAUCAACGAAGCGUCCACGGCUCUCGGCGUGAAAGACAAGACAAUCGAAGAACAAACCAUCAAGGUGGAAACGGUCGAGGCUCGGAUGCGCGAUGCCACCAAGAAAGCCUCCAUGGUGAAAGAACUCGAAGCCAAGAUCGAGGAAAUGCGAACCAAAGAGACCGAGCUCGAGGCCCUUGUGGAACAGCAACGCAAGGAGCUUCAAGACAUGGAAGCCGAGCGCGAAGAGAUCAAGGCCCGCCUGGAUCGAGUGAAACGGGCCUCUGGCACGACCGGCGUUGCCACCACGGACGGGAUCGUCGUCGACGCUGGUGCCUCGCUAGCCACGAUGCGGGAGAACGAGGCUCUCCGCGCCGAAGUUGAGAGCCUACAAGCCGCCGUCCGCUAUCUCCGCGAAGAAAACCGGCGCGCCAACAUCCUCGACCCCUACUCCAUUCAACGCUCCGCUGAGCUCCACUCCUGGCUCGACGUCCCUCUCACACAGCCCUCGUCCUCAUCAUCAACCCUCCCCAACCCCCAGGAAAAAACCCACCAAACCGCCUCCGAAAGCCGCGAUGUCUUCACCCACCUCCUCAAACUCACCACGGAAUCCAACAUCUGCGAUCUCAAAUCCACCCUCCCAUCCACCGACCCGGUCACCCGGACGGGCUGGCGCCCCUCCAAAACCAAACUCCGGUACCAAGUCCUGCAACAACGCGAGAACCUCUCGCGCUGGACCGAAUGGAAAGACGACGUCGUCUCCCAGGAGCGCGAACAGGACCGUCUGGCCGCUUCGCGCAAAGAGCGCCUUGCGCUUGGUCGUGGAGGCGGGCGUGGUCAUGCGCCGCGCAACUCGGUGUUUGGUGGCUUUCCGCAGGGAACAGGCCAUGGAAUGAUGGGUCGUGCGUGGGAGAUCCUGGGCAUGCAGCAGGAUCGGAAGACGGGCGAUGGGGGAAGGUCUGUGGAGCCGGUAAUCGCGGACUCGUUUUAGAAUAAUGGUGUAUAUUUUGGAUCGAUUCAAGGACAUUUAGUUGUGGAAUAUCCCAGACAGAUGGUACAUACAUUAAUACAUACCAGACCAGAUUGGC